AACCCGUGUCAGAAUGGUGGGAGCUGUGUGGAUCGGAUCAAUUAUUACGAGUGCUUCUGCUUGCCUAACUGGAGAGGAAAGAACUGCGACGCUGCAAAAUGUACCUCUUCCGGGGACAUUGUAUUUGUGCUGGACGGAUCCGGAAGUAUAGACAACGGAAACUUUUUAUUGGUUGUUCAAUUCGUUCAAAACGUCAUCAGUCAAUUAGAUGUAGCCACCUCGCCAAACGAUAACAACGACUUUCAGGUUGGAUUGAUAGUCUUCUCGACACAGCCAAGAGUUAUUUUCUACCUCAACUCCUACUAUAGCAAGUUAAAAAUGAUCGAAGCUGUCAAUGUACCAUUCACCUCAGGAGACACAAAUACAGCUGACGCCAUUUUCCUAGCGCGAACGCAGCUGUUUAACCAACUCCAUGGCGAUCGUCCGAACUCUCCUAACAUUCUCAUCCUCUUAACUGACGGAAUGUCGAGCAAUUCAACAGCAACCUGGCAAGAAUCCUCGAGGGCCAGAGCUUCCGGCAUCAACAUUAUCACCGUCGGUGUAGGCCAAGAUAUCGACAUGAACGAGCUGAUAGCUGUGGCUACUUCAACGGCUCCAUCGUCGCCACAAUCGAACGUUUUUGUCGCUUCAAACUAUUCUACACUAUCAACUCAGCUAACUAAUAAUCUCAGUUCAGCUAUUUGCUCUGAUUUCAGACACUGCAAUGCCUCGUCUUGCCAGUUCAGAGGUCAGUGUGUCGAAGAGUUCGGUGGCUUUUCGUGUAGAUGUACCACAGGUUACACAGGCAUCUACUGUGAGAGAGGAUGCAGUGGACAGCUCGACUUGAUGAUAGUGGUGGAUCUGAGUGGCAGUAUUCGCAGCGAUCGGUUCAAGUACAUCCAGCAACUUUUAAUCGGUAUUAUCCGAAAUCUAGAUCUGGGACAGUUCAUGACUCGAGUCGGUAUAAUCGUAUUCAGUGACGACGCACAGUUGAGUAUUCGCCUGAAUGACUACUGGAAUAUGCAGGACCUGAUAACAGCGAUCUACAAGAUAGUUUAUAGAGGACAAAGGACAAACACGGCUGCCGCACUGAACUUACUUCGGACUCAAGCGUUCACAGCCACUAACGGCGACAGAAGCGGUGUACCGAACGUCGCGAUAAUCGUAUCCGACGGUAAUUCGAAUAUCAAUCCGAGUUCGACCGUCGACGAGGCAAUCGCUUGUCGGCAAGCCGGUAUCAGAUUGGUGACAGCAUCUCUGGGGGACUCGAUAAACAUGGCCGAGAUAAAAAACAUAGCCAGCUUUCCAAUAGAGUUCAAUGCCUACAACGUUACAAACUACACCUUGGUAGAUAACUUGAUCCAACUGGCUGUUCAAUCCACAUGCGAUUCUAACAACAAAUGUCAAUCAAAUACUUGCCAAAAUGGCGGAACAUGUGUGCCUCUCUUCAACUUCUACCAGUGUAAAUGUCCCAGAUUUUACGCCGGCGUCAAUUGCGAGAGAAAUUGCACGGUUCGAAGUGACGUCACGAUAGUUCUGGAUUUUUCCGGAAGCAUUGGCUACAUGGAGGACUGGUACAACAUGCUGGUGUCCUUCGCCAGGGAGGUUAUCAACGGCCUCGACGUCGAUAACGAUGUCGCCCGUGUGGCUGUUGUCGCCUACGCCACUGACGUCAUUAAGACGAUCUACUUCAACGAAUACGCCAACAACCGAGCAAAACUUCUCGAAGCUCUAGCCUUCUAUUACGCCGGCGGUACCACAAACACCCAAGCCGCUCUUAGCUUUGUGGCUAGCUCUGUUUUCGACGCGAAUCGCGGCUAUCGCGGCUUUGAUAGCGGCGUUUUAAAGAGCGUCAUUUUACUUAGUGACGGUGAGUCAAAUGUCCAGGCUGAGAACACAGUACCAGCUGCUAAUAGUUUGAAGAGGCUAGGCGCCAGAGUUUACUCGGUUAUCGUUGGCACUGACUUUAAUGCGGCAGAGAUGGAAAGAAUUUCAUCCAACGGGACUAUGUACACGUAUCGAAUGCCGCACAUGGCAGAUGUUAAAAAAGUGGCGUCCCAGUUCUUAAAUGAUAAUUGUCGAGUCUAGCUCUUGGGAGAAAAUUAUGAAAUUAUGAUCA